AUACCUUGGUGGAUUCAUCAAAUGGCACUGUUAUUGUUGUUCACUGCUGUGCAAAAGAAGCUUGCUGAUAUGACAAUAAACUACAGGCCUGUGGAUUACCCGACAGAAAACAUUCUCCUAGUCUGAAGAUACAAGGCAUGAUCAGUGCAGCUGAAUUAAAGAUGAAUUCCACCGACACAGGAGAUGAAAGUACAGAACUGGAAUGUAAAAUCUGCUACCAAAAGUACAAUAGCCAUAGCCGAAAGCCAAAGAUACUGGACUGUUUACACAAAGUAUGUGCAAGAUGUCUAAGCAAAAUCCUAGAUACCACUGAUAAUUCCCACUGCAUGAGCUGUCCCUUCUGUCGCCACGAGACAGAGGUCCACAAAGCUGAUAGUCUUCCUGAUGACACAAACAUCAUGUGUAAACUUACAGCGAAGAACAGGACAACAAAGAAUUUGGGUUGCCAAGAGAUAGUUUUGACGCCAAAAAACUUGUCUUCAUCCAAUUCAACCCUAGAUUCUUCUAACUUUUUAGUUAUUACCAUAAGGGAGGUUCAAAUGAAUUCUCCCAUUACUCCAAGAAGGAAUACCACCUCUGAUUACCAUGCAGAUCAUAGUUUUGAAACAAUGUCCAUUACAUCCCAAAGUAGAAUUGAUCAAGAUGUGUUCUCUAAAAUUUGUACCCGUGUGCCAAGGAUACUCGUGUGGUUGUUAGGUUUCUUCUAUUUCUGCUCACUGCCACUUGGAAUUUAUCUUUUGGUCAUCCAAAAAGUGACUCUUGGUAUUGUUUGUGUCAGUCUUGUUCCUUCCAGUUUGACGGUUUGCUUGGUCUACGGUUUUUGUCAGUGCCUCUGCCAAGGUAUAUGUGAUUGUUCGAGAAACUAACAGCAACUAUAAUAAAAUAUGGAUUUGAUCAGCACCCCAAUCAAAUGUGCUUAAAACCAUAGCUUGUCAUGGGACCAUGCAUACAUAAACAUUGGGUAAAUCAUUUAAAAUAUCUGCCAGGCUGUGGGAUUUAUUCCCAAUGAUCCAAGCUCUAAUUGCAAAGAGCAGCUUUACAAUAACCUCAGCAACCCCAAAGUGCUUUCAGACCAACUAUAGAUGUUGCAUUGUAGAAAACAUGAUAACCAACUUGCACAGAGCAGGCUUCCAUAUGCCCCUCAACUGGAAUUAUCAACUGAAAGAUGCUUGGACAGUUACAUAAACAGGAAAAAUGUAGAUGGUUAUGGUCUAAAUGCAGGCAAUUGGACUAGCUUAGACGAGGCAGCUUGGUUGACAUGGAUGCGGCGGUGCCAAAGGACUGUAUCUAUGCUGUAUGAUUCUAUGACUCAAUGACACCAUUCAGUCAAUCAGUCAAUCAAUCUACUUCUUAAACAGGACUUCAUAAUUACCCAUAACUUGCCCAACAACGGUGGCAUUGUAAGCAAAAUUAAAUAUAGAGUUGGAACUGUGUCCGGCUACAUACCCUCAUGGGUAUAGAGUGAAUACACAAAGGAUCAAGUGAACUGGCGAAAAAUCGUAGCGCUAUCGUGAACCGUUUUUGCCAAACUGGAAGAUAACAAGAUCAGAAUUUUAGUUAUGUAUAGGUUGAAGAUUAGGCAUUUUAAAUGCUAGUAUCAGACCUUUAUUGGCCCGUCUAGUCUCCCCAAUCACAGCUGGUCAUCCAAAUUCAAUCCCUUGUUCCUUUGUUCUUUAUCCAAAUGAAGUAGAUCUACUCCUGCUUAAAUACAUUUAAUGUUUUCAUCUUCCCAUCUCAGUUCUAAAUGGCCUACCCACAUGAUCAGUCUGAAGAAGGGGCUCGACCCGAAACAUCACCUAUUCCUUUGCUCCAUAGAUUCUGCCUCACCCGCUGAGAUUCUCCAGCAUUCUACCUACCCACAUACCUCGGCUUUUACUUCUAGUUUUGGGCUUAACCAUCAUCAGAAAAAUCCUCUUGCAUUUAU